GUGGCGCUGCCACGCCUCCGGAGGCUGGGCCGACAUCGCAGGCGGCCUCGACUGCCAAGUCACCGUCGACGCCAUCUCAGUUGGUGAAGGAGAAGCUGAAGAACUGUGUGCUCAACAAACUGCGAAGUCGAGAGUCCGGUGAAAUGAUGUUAAGCACUUCGUUGUCCAUCGACUUUGCCUCCAUGGAGAUAGACAUGACGUCCGCGGCUGCCAGCAUCGGCUUGUCGUCUUCACCCUCUUGCACCGGCGUCCAGGCACUGCCCAGGCAGUCCUGUCUCUUGGGCACCGGAGCUUGGGGGCACCAAUCGUCUUCUCCGCUGCCGUUGCCACCGCAACUAUGCCAGCUAGCAUUUGGAGCCGGUGGCCAAUUGUGUCGGACAGCCAUGUCGGGCGACUUGCACACUCGUGAUGCGGCCAGGAGGCGGGGAGCGGACGCGGCCUUCACGAGCGAUCUGAAGAAGCGCCUCUCCUCGGCGCCCCUCUCGACGGGGCAAGGAAAGGCGACGCCCAGUUCUGCGGUUGACGCCCAGUUUCUGCUGACUCAUUCAGCUGCUGCUGCCGCCGCCGUCCACCUCCCUCCGCCGGCCUCGUUCGGCCCACGCCUUCACUCGGCCUCCCCCAGCCUCCUCGAGGCAGCGCCAGCUGCUGUUGCCAAGCGUUCCGGUGGACCGACACGGUCCAGCAACCACGCCCGACACGAGGCGAUGGACCCGGCCCAACUUUCGCCCGCCUCGUGUCCCGGCCUGGCCGACUCGUUCGCGAGGCCCGGCUCGAUUGGGUCCGAUGAAAAUUUCCCCUCUUGCCGGGUCGCCAACCAUGACGCCAAGUUGGCAAGGCUGGCGCCCGCACUGUCGAUGGAUCAGUCGGGUCUCUUGGCACACUUUCCGGCUCUUCAACAGCUCCAAUAUUCCGGCGUCUAUCGUCCUCAACACACCAGUUUGGCCCAUUAUGCACCGGCUCCUGCGCAACCGCCUCUCUCAAUCGUGCCGCCGCGCUCGGGCGGAUUCGGACCAGUCCACCUGCGAAAAACCAUGUCUGAGCCGAGCCUGAAGCUGCGCGGCCCGGCGACUGGUGUGCACAGACUCCGAGGCCGGCCUGAUCGUCGCCAUGGCAACCACCCGACAGCGACUGCUGUAGCCCAUGCGUUGGCUGCCUCGAACGUGCCACUUGCUGCCGGCUCGAGGCCUCACUCGAUGGCCCUAGCCAAUGGUCUCGUCGCCUCGGAGACGCAUAUGGAAUUGGCGUUGGACGAUCUGGACGACGCGGACGAGUCGAUUGUGCCCGGCAGUUGUGCAGCUCCCGGCUGCAAGACGGCGCCAGACUUGACGGUCUGUGCAACCGCGGCUCCGAAUGCGUCUGACUGCGGUCCACCGAUGCCUCACCUCGCCUUGCCUCGGCAAAAGUCUACUCCCCCCAGAAACGCCUCGGCCACCAGCACCAUCACGAGCGCCGUCACUCCUUUGCCCGGUUGCCUUGCCUUCGGUCCCCGUAGCGGUGUCGUCAUGCCUCCCAGUCGGCCCAGCCUGUACUGCGCUAGUCUGCCCGAUCUGGCGCUCAGGCCGUCUUUGCCGCCAACCUCUUACGCGCCCCAGCAACCAGCGGUUGAUGCCAUCUCUGCUGUUGGUGCGCGGAGUUUGGGCGACCAAAGGGUUGCGCGAAGUGAA